AUGGCGGUACCCGAGUACCGUGACGAAGUUUCCAUCACACUCUCGAUAACCGACCCCUCGCCCAGCUUCUCAUUUCCAACUCGUCGCAUCUUUCUCAGCAAGAAGAAUCCGACCAUCGAAAUCGGCCGAACUUCUAGAAGAAAUGGAGCUUUUGAAGCUGCCAAGAGCAAUGCUUGGUUCGAUUCACCAGUCAUGUCUCGAAAGCAUGCACUCUUCACCCUUGACGCCGACAAACAGAAACUUUAUGUCAAGGACACGGGUUCUCUCCAUGGAACUUAUAAAAACGACGUCCGCCUCGAGACGAAUGUGAACCAUGAAGUGAUCAGUGGUGACAAGCUCAAGUUUGGUGCUCUCAUUGAACGACCCCAGGACAAACACUACCCUUGCGCUAUGCUAGUUCGUCAGACAUACGGCUCCAUCAACCCCGAACUGCGCGGCAAUAGCUUCCGCGUUCCUGAGGAUAGCGACAUCGAAUCUCUGAUCAGUGACGAAGACCAAGUGAACAAUAGCUACGAGAUGUUGCGCACCAACAAGUUUGUCCCUGGUAGAGUGACUACUUCAUCGUUUGGUCAUGGUCCGAUCGACUUGACAAUGGAUGAUCAAUAUCCUCUUUCCAAUGUUAGGAACGGAACUGAGGUUUUUGUCAACUGUCCUCAUAUUCAAGAGAUACCUCUCUCCAAGCUGCCAGAACCUGUUUCUGUCUUGGGCCACGAGUUCUCUGACCUUGAGGAAGAGCAUGAAGAAGCGGAAAACGACUUGUCACCAAACUCGAUGGACACAGACGACUCUUAUGGUGGCAUUUCUGAAGAUUGCCAGAGCGUCGACUAUGCAAUGUCAUCCGUUGCAGAGGACUCCAUUGUCGAUGAAGAAGAAGACUUUGCAGAGCAUGACGAGUUUGAAGAAGAGCAAGUCCACACUCAGGAACCUGCCCCUCAAGCCAACGGUCGUAUUGAAGAGGCUGCUGACAUGGCAUCUGUAAUGAGCGAGAACCCCGAAAAGACCGCUGCGCAGCCCUGGGUCAACCCUUCGAGCACCCAGACCCCGGAUGCUUCUCAAAAACUUGAUAGUGCCAAACUCACCCAGUUGGACAAAAGCCACUAUACAUGGAAAUCAGACCUUGCUCCAAUGAUGUCGAUCAACGGCACGUCGUCCUUGAAGCUUCCCCCAAUUUCAGAAGCAGUCUUCGACAAAUAUAACCACGAGACGAUCACACACUCUACCGCUGAGGUUGUCGGCAGAAAGCAUGGGAAGUACGAGUUCUUUGCUGCUAGAGAAGCCAACGCUCUAGCUGCCCUCGCAAAACCCCGAGCUCGACUCAUAAGCCCCGUCCAUCAGGCACAAGUUCAGGAACACUAUCUCUUGCGGGCAGGGAUGGAAAACAAAGUCCUCGGGCACCCAGAAGAUCAACUCCAGUCGCCCGCAGAUGAAACCCAACCUCGCGCUUCCGAUUUGGUAUCUUCUGGUCUGAAAUAUCUGGCAACGCCCCCUGAGCACAUCGAUACCACCGUACCAUCUGUGGAGCAAGGGUUGGACGACUCAUCUGCCUGGGCUUUCCAAGAGAGCAAGAAGUCAUCUGGUAUCGAAGUCACAACCGAGACAACUGAGAAGGUAGUGGCCCAAGAGAAUGAUACCGAUGUUGUCGAAGACGGUGAUGCCCAGCCCGCUGAAGCCUUGGAGGCAGCUGAACUGGCCAAACCAGUCGAAGCCGUGGAGCUAGCGAAACCGGUCGGAGCCGUGGCAGCUGAACCUGUGAAGACUCCAGUGCCAGAAUCCACUGCAACCAAGAGAAAGGCCGAUGAAAUUUCUCAGCUUACCCCUGAAGAAGAACAAAUGUCUGACGACCGGCAAUCUCGUCCACAGGUGCACUGCCGAGAGGUGCAACCAAGUGCAAGGCCUCGCCACAUUGCAGCCUUGGGAACCCCACCAAGCAAACGUCUUCGUCGUAUGGCAGAAGCAGUUGGGUAUGUCGCCCUUGGAGGAGCUGCUGUCAUGUCGGUGCUUAUUGCUACGGCGCCUGCCCUGUAA